GCAGCGUCAUGGUUAUGACGUAACUGACCGGUGUCGCGGAGGAAGAUUUGCGCGCAUACUGCUUUCCAUUGGUUAAUAUGGCGCUUGCAAGUGUGUUGAGUUCGGAAGAUCUGUCUUGGAACCGUCCACGGGAUAGACCGGUCCACUGCGGCCUUGACCUUCAUGGCACGAGUUUUCAAGUACUUCCCGGGGCUGGCGAAGGAACCGCGGAGCCUGGGAUCGAGUUUCUGCACGGAACGACCACUCUGGCCUUCAAGUUCCGUCAUGGAGUUAUUGUGGCUGUGGACUCCCGUGCUACAGCUGGCUCAUACAUUGCCUCACAAACCGUGAAGAAGGUGAUUGAGAUUAAUCCGUACCUUCUGGGUACUAUGGCAGGAGGUGCUGCAGACUGUAGCUUCUGGGAGAGACUGCUUGCCCGCCAGUGUCGCAUUUAUGAGCUGAGAAACAAGGAGCGCAUUUCAGUGGCAGCUGCAUCAAAACUGUUGGCCAAUAUGGUUUACCAGUACAAAGGCAUGGGCUUGUCCAUGGGAACGAUGAUCUGUGGCUGGGAUAAGAAAGGGCCUGGUCUCUACUAUGUGGACAGUGAAGGGAACCGUGUGUCGGGUUCAGUGUUUUCUGUAGGCUCUGGCUCCAUGUAUGCCUAUGGUGUUCUAGACAGAGGAUACAACUAUGAAUUGGAGGUAGAAGAAGCCCAAGAGCUGGCUCGACGUUCCAUUUACCAGGCCACAUAUCGUGAUGCUUACUCUGGUGGAGUGGUAAACUUAUACCACGUGCGAGAGGAUGGCUGGGUGCGGGUGUCCCAAGAUGAUGUUGCAGAUUUGCACCAGAAAUAUCAGGGUCAAAUUAACUAGGUUUUGGGACUCUUAAGGGUUGUUAAUCCAGUAUAAGUAAGGUUGCACCGGCCAGGCCGGUAAAAAUGAUUGUUGAUCUUAAUCAUUUAUAUGAUAUAUAGGAAUGCCGGUAUUUUUUUCCAGGAAAGGUGGCAACCCUAAGUACAAGUGACCAACUGACAAGACAUACUGGAGUGGAAGAAAAUUAGUGAGGUCAAUCCCACACAAAUUUUAGUUAAGAGUUCUGUGUGGUGCCUGAACGUUUGGGUUGCUGUCCAUAUUGUCACAUUAAAUCAUCUUUGUUUCAAAAGUUA